AUGCCCCAUCCCACCCAGCCCGAUAUCCAAUAUUUUCCUGACUACGAGAAGUACACAUCCCGCACCCAACGACGUCAAGCCACAGAAGAUCUUCCCACCACCCUACCAGUCGGAUUCCCCACCGAACUCAAGUCAUCUCUCGUAUGGCACGGAAAGGACAUCAACAACUCAACCGACUGGAUCUUCCAUCUCAACGAAGCUCAGCUUGACGAGAUAAACACCGCCUUGAAGUCCUUCCAGUCCCUCAACCUCCCCCUAGGCCACAUCAACCAAGUCACCUUCCCUCUGCCCAACCUCAAAACCCACCUACGAAGCCUAUCCAAAGACCUCCACACAGGUCGAGGCUUCUUCAUCCUCCGCGGCCUCAACGUAGACAGAUAUACCCGCGAAGAGAACAUCAUCAUCUAUUGCGGCGUCUCUGCCUACGUGGCUAACCUCCGUGGCCGCCAGCAGGACCCGCACUUCACGAACGGCAAGUCCUUGGUGAUUUCGCAUAUCAAGGAUCUAACGCGCACUAAAGAUGCUGCGGAUGUAGGGGCCCCGUCCAAUACGGCUGAUAAACAGGUUUUUCAUACUGAUGGCGGCGAUAUCAUCUCCUUGAUUUGCCUUAACCCGUCGGUCCAGGGCGGCGAGAGCUAUAUCGCUAGUAGUUGGCUGAUCUAUAAUAUCCUGGCAAGGGAGCGUCCGGAUUUGAUUCAUACUCUGUCGGAGGAUUGGCCGUUUGAUGGCUUCGGCAACAAAACCCGCCCCUACACCCUCCGUCCCCUCCUCUUUCACCAGCCCGCCACAGCAUCCACCCCGGACCGCGUCAUCAUGCAAUACGCCCGUCGCUACUUCACCGGUUUUCAGGCUCAACCUCGCUCACCGGACAUUCCUCCUAUCACUGAAGCCCAGGCUGAAGCUCUCGAUGCGCUUCAUUUCCUGGCUGAGGAGAAUAGCGCUACACUAGACUUUCAAAAGGGUGAUAUCCAGUAUAUUAAUAACCAUAGUAUCUUUCAUGCGCGGAAUGGGUUCGUGGAUGAGCCUGGGAAUGAGUAUGUUUAUUUCCUGUUCCCCAGCUUGACUGCUUGGUUGGGUUCGUUUGCUAAGAUGUAUCGUGAAUGCAGGCGACAUUUGAUCCGGUUAUGGCUGCGCGACGAAGAGUAUGGCUGGGAGACUCCGGAAAUGCUAAGGCCACGUUGGGAACAUGUUUAUAAAGACGUGAGGGAAGAGGACCAGGUGUUUCCUUUGGAGCCGAAUGUUCAUAAGUCGUUGGGGUCGUGA